CCUGUUUGUUUCCUGUCGGAAGGAAUAGAAUGUAGCGCACUUUUCGCGGAUGUGGAAGUGUAGUACAGUAAUAAACAAAAACAAACUAAUCAAAGCAGAAUAUCAUACAUUUUAUACUUUACUGUUCGCGAUGGCUGUCAACGCGGUGCAUUUAGAGUCGGACGCGUUUCUGGUGUGUAUGAACCACGCGCUGAGCACCGAGAAAGAGGAGGUGAUGGGGCUCUGCAUCGGAGAGGUGGACACGAACCGUAUAGUGCACAUUCAUUCAGUGAUCAUCCUGCGGCGCUCAGACAAGAGGAAAGACCGAGUGGAGAUUUCACCAGAACAGCUGUCAGCAGCGUCCACCGAGGCCGAGAGGUUGGCAGAGAUGACGGGACGUCCCAUGAGGGUUGUGGGCUGGUACCACUCUCACCCGCACAUCACAGUGUGGCCUUCGCAUGUGGAUGUUCGCACUCAAGCCAUGUAUCAGAUGAUGGACCAGGGCUUUGUCGGACUCAUCUUCUCCUGCUUUAUAGAGGAUAAAAACACAAAGACUGGUAGAGUGCUGUACACCUGCUUCCAGUCUGUACAGGCCCAGAAAGGCUCAGAGUAUGAGCGGAUCGAGAUCCCAAUCCAUGUCGUUCCACAUGAAGCCAUUGGGAAAGUGUGUCUGGAGUCGGCAGUGGAGUUACCCAGAAUCCUCUGUCAGGAAGAGCAGGACACGUACAGGAGGAUUCACAGUUUAACUCACCUGGAUCCGAUCACAAAGAUACAUAAUGGAUCAGUGUUCACGAAAAACCUGUGCAGUCAGAUGUCGGCCAUCAGCGGGCCGCUCUUACAGUGGCUGGAGGACCGACUGGAGCAGAACAAACAGAGCAUCAUCACACUGCAGAAGGAGAAAGAGCUGCUGACGCAAGAGCUGGCGGCAUUGUAAGAACAAAUCACUCAUUGCACACUCAUUUCUCUCCUCGAAUGUUGGCUCUGCGGCCACUCUUGGAUGGGAGAUUAAAGACAGGACGUCUGUUAGUCCACAUUUCUGUGACCUCAGCACAUUUUGCUGAGCUACACUUGAAAAAUGCUGUUCUUACUGCGAGGUUUUGUCUCGUUUCUAGUCUAAAUAUCUCUAAAUUCUUAAAGUAUUUUCUAGACAAGCAAAACAUCAGAAAUAAUGAGUCAAAAUGAAGUGAGUUUUUACUUAAAACAAGUUAAAUAAUCUGAUAAUGAGGUGAGUUUUGAAAUAAAAUUAUUUUUCUGACUCCAUUGUCAGAUUAUUCGGCUUGUUUUAGGGAUAAACUCACUUCAUUUUGACUCAUUAUUUCUAAAAACAAGACGAUAUUUAAUGCUUGUCCAGAAAUUUUAGAUAUAUAGACUAAAUAUUUAGAUAUCAAGACCAAAAACUCUCAGUAAAAACAGCAUUUUUUGCAGUUUAGUCUCAGUUUCUUCCAGCCAGAAUUGGAGUUAUGAGUUCUCCUAGUGCUGGCUGGGCACAACUCUUUUAAUCCUACAUACGGUGGCUCAGAGAGUUCAAAUGUGUCUCAAGUUAAAGGGUUAGUUCACACAUAAUUGAAAAUAUACUCAUUAUUUACCGUUCCUCAUGCUGAGUUUCUUUCUUCUGUUGAAUAUUUGAAGAAUGUUGGAAACCUGUAACCAUUGACUUGCAUAAUAUGACAAACAAAUACUAUUGAAGUCAAUGGUUACAGGUUUCCAACAUUCUUCACAAUAUCUUCUUUUGUGUUCAACAAAAAAAGAGAAACUCAAUAGUGAGUAAAUGUUGACUUAAUUAAAUUGUUUUAGUUUUCACCCCUGAAAAAUGUAGAAAAAAUUUUCAUCAGAUUGUCACCACGCACAUAUAUUAAUUGAUACAGAUAUUAAAUAAAUGUAAAUAAUAAUUAAUACAGAAAAACAUUGAAGGACACAGUGGAAAUGUGUCAGGGAGCCCAAAAAGUGACAGACCAGAUGCUUUCUGUUUAGAGUAAGCAGUUCAUUUAAUAUUAAUUGUGCAAUUGGUCAGAAUAUUAUGGAUAGAAAAUAUACAGAAUAAUAAACAAAAACUUGCAUACUGCUCUCAAAAGACAGAUUUUUUGCUUAUUAUUCUGUUUAUUUUGAUCGAGCACCUGCUUAAAGUGUCUUUAGGAUGUGCGAACUCUGAGCUUUGAUCUAUUGGCUAAAAAUAUACAAAGAAGAAACUGUAAGCUGUAGACAUUAAAGGGAUAGUUCACCCAAAAAUGAAUGUUCAAUCAUUAUUAUUUCCUCUUCCUCAUGUGAUUUUGAGUUUCUUUCUUUGGUUGAACACUGAAGAAGAUAUUUUGAAGAAUGUUGGAAACCUGUAACCAUUAACUUCCAUAGUAGGAAAAACAAGUACUAUUGAAGUGAACGGUUACAGGUUUCCAACAUUCUUCAAAAUAUCUUCUUUAGUGUUCAACAGAAGAGAGAAACUCAUUAAGAGUGAGUAAAUGAUGACAUAACCUAAUUGUUUUGUUUUUAUCCCCUAAGAAAUAUAGAAAACAUUGGGACAUUAAAGGGAUAGUUCACUCAAAUGUAUAUUUACUCAUUAUUUACUCUUCCUGAUGUGGUUUAACAUUUUUAUGAGUUUCUUUCUUCUGUUGAAGACUGAAGAAGAUAUUUUGAAGAAUGUUGGGAACUCUGAUUGACUUACACAGUAGGAAAAACAAAUACUAUGGACAUCAACGGUUACAGAUUUUCAACAUUCUUCAAAAUAUCUUCUUUAGUGUUCAACAGAAGACAGAAAGCUUAUAACUUGCAGCACAUCUGAACUCUCUCAGCCGAUGUACCUUCCUGUUAUUCGUCAUGCCAUUGCACACACGCACGCUGUUUUCUCUGAAGCUCUAGUGUGUGUAUUCGCUCCACACAUUAUUUACUUGCUCUGUUCCUGCAUAAACUGUAAAUCUCUGAAUGUACAAAUGUGUCAGUUUGAAAUGACAUCGUAAAAUAAAAAAUUAAAUCAUUAAAAA